UCCCAGCCGCGCGACUCGUUAUUGGUCAGCGGGCCCUUCUGUCUGCUCGCGUUCCCGUUCCCGCCUCAGUGGCCGCCUGACGAGAGGUGUCUGGCGGUUCGAGUUGUCCUCGCGCGCGAUGUGCGGCGGGAGCGGGGCCUGGUGCCUCGGGGCGGCGGUACCUGUGUGGGGAGCGCAGGGGGACAGCCGGCACCGCGUCCCGUCAGGGUGGAGACGUCCGUCCCGCUCCUGGGCGGGAGCUCGUUGGGCUGCGCCAGGUCGGUGCGUGUUGCUCCACGGAGGAGGAAGAAACUGCUCAUGAAUUGCCUUUCCUACAGCUCCGUGCCUCGGUGUUGUGCUUUAAGUUACCCCCCUGGGUCAAGCAAUUCGUGUUUUAAGGAUAGAUCUCUGAGGAGGCGUAAGCUACGUACAGGUUGUUAAUGAUGUAUAUUUAAUUUAAACUGACUUAAAAUCAUAAACAUACGCUGUGCCGAAGCAGGCUGUGCGCUCAUUCUCGCUCUGAAAGCUCUGACAAAACCACAACCCAGUCGUGCCGGCCGUUCGCAGUUGCACGCGGGCUCAGCUCUGAAGCUGCUGGCUUUCACUUCUGCGUUUCAGAGCAGCUGGAGGUGCCCGUUGGAAGGGAGCGGCUGUGCCGUCCGGUGCCCGGUGUGCGGCCCGCUGAAGCUGUGCCCGAUGGCCCAGGGGAGCGAAGCGCUCACUGCUGUGCUGUGCUGUCCUGUCAGAAAGCCCUCACUUUGUGUUCUAUCAGGGAAAAGAGCAGCCAACAGCUCUUUUAAGGAUUUCAGAUGUGUCCCUAAUGGAGAGAACUUUGGCUCUGCUGCGGAGUGGAAUUAGCUGCCUGGAUCAGGUAGGCUUUAUUUGCAUGUUACAGGUUAACAAGCAUACUGUUCCUUCUGAUAUCCUUGGAUUUACCUUGAAUUUAUGUUGUGUUCACUUAAUCGCCCUAGAUCAAAGUAGCUUUCACUUAACUAAGGAAUAGCUAACUGCUUUCAGUUGUGCUUUGAAAAAAAUGAUGUUGAAGGUAUUAAGGUAUUCUUGCAAAAAAAAAAAAAAAAGAAACUCCCCCCCAAAAAAACCUUCACAGUUUUGUAGUUGGCUUUGAAUAUAAUCUCUGUAAUUAAUGUUCAAAACAUAUUUGAAAGGUCGAUCUGUGCAGCAAAAUGUCUAAGGUGGUGAUAUACUGCUACACUUGGGUAAAAGAGCUGUGGGAAAGGUGAGAUGAAAGGCAAUUUUCUGUGUGAUAAGUAAUCAAGAAAGAUUACGUGUGCUGUUCAUAGUGUUCCAAAAGGCUGAAAAUACAGCACAGGCUGUUGUGAAAGCUAACCUGACAGCGGAGUUGCAGUGGGUGGUGUGGUAUGUGGUUAUGGGUGGUAGUGGCAAUACUUAGCAUCCACUCGAGGGACGAACCCUGCUGUCCCUAGGCAAAGAACUGGUGGUUUAAGAUCUGCAAAGGAUAUGAAUUUUCUGCUUCAUCAAGUGUGAAUUCUAUUAGAAGAUUGUUUUGGAAUAUUUAAGGAACAGUGAUUUCUUCUGUGACUGAUUUUUGUCACCCAGGGUUUUCACUGUAAAGUUUCUUAUCCUGCUCUCAUUGUUCCUACAAACGUAUUUAGGCAAAACUGUUCAUAUGGGUUACAAGGGAAGAACUGCUUGUUUGUAAUGGACUAGGAUAAUGAGAUAAAAUUUUUGAAUGAAGAAUCAAGCUUGAAUUAUACUUGCAGUGUGAAUUCCAGGAAGUGGAAUCCAAAUCUUUGCUAUCAAAUUCUGCUGCUUUAGAAUCAUAAAAUGGCUUGAGUUGAGUUUAAAACUAAUUACGUUUUCUGCUCUAUCGAGAAUUUGUUUUUAUCCUCAUUUCUGUGUAAAAAGCUUUGUUGACCUUUUUUUUUUUUGCUUAUGACAAAUUGCUUUCUUCUACAGCUUAGCAAUCUUCUUUUUAAAGAAAUAUAACCCCAUUUGGUUGUUAGAUCUUCACCCAGUCUUUCCAGUAGAUUUACCUCUGUUUCAUUUUGGUGUUAAUACAAACUCGUUACUUUUAGAAUAAAUUCUCUUUUCAUGUGAAAUUUUUAUGAACAGUUGUAUGGAUUUACACUAGCACUGUAAGGGUCCCUUAGGUGUGUGGUGUUUCAUUUUCACUGAAUUCCUCAAAUUAGGACGCACUGUGAGCAGUUACCCUGGGAGCUUCUGAAUUGGUACUUCCAGUUCCUUUGUGGAGUUGCAGCCAUGCACGAUUUCAAAGCAGUGUUGGUGUGUUUGUUACUGCGCUGCAGUCUCCAGGUCUGAUUUGAGCAAAUUAAUGUAAUUAUUUUAAGUUUCCUAUUCAGAUAACGUUGUUGAACAAAUGUAGCAGCUGAGCAAACAUAAACACCAGAUGGCAGUAUUUGAUUAGUUUCUGACCUCUGCCUGUCAAAUCCAUUUCUUGUUUUUUGACUUAUUUUAUUAAACCUAUGUUUGAGAGCGACUAAGGUCUUUUUCCUGGAAAGUCCUUAAGAUAAACAAAGAAAUAAACCCUGAACGAAUGAGAACCUCCAACUGGGAGCUAAAAGCAAACUACUCUGAAGGGUUUUCUUUUUUGUCCUCCACAAUCUCAGAGACCAAAACAAGUUAAAGCUACUUGGUUAAUGUAAUGGUUUGUUUUGUGGAGGAGUGUGCUUCCUCAGUGCUACUUCUACCUCCAGGUACCUUUUGUGGCAGUUCUUGGUAGUUUCCUGAAGAGAUCAUGCUUAUGAAGGCAGUUAGCAGUUUGGGACUUGAUUUAUACGGUAAUCUGACUGUAAACCAUGUAGUUUCAGUAAAUCUAAUUGAUAUUCAUUAUGGUGAAAUGAAUAUUUUCUGAAAUGUUUUUGUGUAAGUUCUUUUAUAAAAUUAAAAAAAAACAAAAAACACUGACACACACAAUAUGUAUACAUAGAUAGUGGUCUGUAUUUGGAAACCAAAUACAUUUACACUCAUUAAGAGGUUUUUUUUUAUUAUUCAAGUCCACAUUUGUUUCUGAAUUCAAGACACUGUCUAUCAGUGAUUGUGCUUCAAACCUCCUUAGGAUAGAGAAAUUGGUAAGUGGCACCAAAUUCAUUACAGGAUUUGUAUUGAUUUCUUUUUGACUCAUAUUUUGGGGGCUUUUUCUUCUUAAAGUUGGUGUUCCAUCUAGAAACUGUAGAGGCAGAAAACUGAUUUAUCAAUUGCUUGGGAUACAAGAGCCUUAGCUUUAUCUCUUCAGCAGCCUCUCAACUUGGUGUGUUGUCAAAAGUCUGCAGUCAAGACAAGAAGCUCCUAUGAGUCCUAUGGGCCUUGUUACUCUUCCUCGAUGCUGACACGAUCAGAAGGCAUGUCAGUAGCCAGUGAGCUUCUUAUACAGCUUUGUAUGAUUUUUCUUCUGUGUCUAUACUUCAUAGAUGCUGAGGCUGCCAAAUGGUGGUUGGAGCUCAGCUCGCAGGUGGUCACUGUUUAUUCUGCUGCCCCUUCAGCAUAUAUUGACAUGUUGAUAAGGAGUCUUGGUAGGAUCACUUCUUGAAUCACUGCUGAGUCAGUCCAGUAAGUCAGUGUCAUGCAGUCGAAUGUCAUUCUGACAUAAAAUAAUGUAUGAUUCUGUUUUUCACACUAGAAUCUCCCUCAACUCUGCACCACCAGUUCCAUGCUGUGCCGUUUCCCUACAAGUUAUCCUGCUCUAUUAUUCCUAAAGAUUUGACUUGGGCAGUUUACAAAUGAAGAGUAUCUGUACUUUAUUUUCUGUGUUUUUCUUUGUAUAACUUGUUAACCAUGAGAAUAUGACUGAUUACACAGAAUAAACUACUCUCAGUAAAUGGUAAAACAAGAACAAAAGGGUGAGAUUUUUCCUCUGAAAGGGUACGAUCCUACAUCACAUGCUCCAAAGUUAUAUUUUAGAGGGGUAAAAUUUGCUUUCUGAAAGAAAAAUAUUGCUUGCAUUUUUGUAUUUAUCACAUAGCUGUAUCUAAAAUACGAAAAGAGGUUUUCAUAAAUGAGAAAUUGUUAUUGACCAUGUGUAAAUGGCCAAUAGUUGAGUUUGAAAAUGUUACAGCCGAUGCUUUCUUUAUAGUGAGUGAAAUCAGUCAUCUUUUCAAACCUUGAACUUCAGAAGAAAUGGUUUAAAUCCUUUAUCUCCAUUACACAUGAUUUUUGGUCAUUUUAAGUAUGUGCUCUGUGGAAUAAUUUGUUGGUUAUAAACCCACUUACAGGAAAGAAAAACACCUAGCAGAUCAAGGGUGUUAAAACCUGUACGUUCAAGUGUGUGGCUAAUAUUACUUCAAGUUUUGUUUUUAUUUUUUAUAGUGUGAUCAGGAAAUUUCACAUACUGUAUCCUUCAAAAAAGCUGUGACAAAGCUAUUUUAAUAAGAAAAAUGAAUGUAUGAAUUAUUUAAAAUAGUUGGUGCAACUGUUACUGCUAACUAAUCCAGGCACUUGGAAGGCAAUUACACUGAGCUUUGACAACAUUGCCAACCCACUGCACAGCGCCUUAUGCCAAAAGCUAUUGUUGUUUUAUUGACCACGUUCACCAUUACAUAUGCAUAUGAAAAAACAGAGGCAUUUUCAUUGGGAUUAGCCUAAUAGCAUUAAGAGAUUAUUUUUUUAAAUUUCCUUGGAAGGAAAUUCACUUAAAUGAGAUUACUUAUUACUUGACUGGUUUCCUAUCGUGCUGCUAUGUUUGGGUAAGUGGAGUCCAUUAGAGUAUAAAGUUUUUUUAAAAAAACUGAUUUUAUACAUUAAUGAUUUCAAAUAAAAGAGAAGUCCUAUAUUUGUGCAUAGCUUCUUUUGAGAAAGUUAAGUCGAUGUUCUGGUUAGGAGAGAUAACACUUCUUGUCCCUCUUGGUGGCCCCCCUAGUGUCACCAUUAGUUGCUAAUUACUUGCAAACAAAUAAACAAUUAACUCCUCGUGCCUCUUGGUGGGAGAGUUUUCAUUGACAUGCUAAAACUUUCUAAUAAAAGAUUUAAUUAAUGACGUUGCAAAUCCAACCCCCUUGUCAACAUAGCUAUAAGGAGGACUUCUGGAGAAAUGCAAGUACAGUGUAUGUGCUGUGCUGGCUGAAGGUGAAACCAUGGCAAGUACAUCGCUGUGUGCAGCUAAUCCAUCAGCAUCUCAGAAUCUUCAGAAGGUGUCUGGUUUUGUAGAAAAUAAAACCACACAGUGCUCAUUUUCCAUCGAAAGUAUUUUAGGAUUGGAGCAGAAGAAGGAUGGCAUUGCAGCUGUGAAACCUCACAGACCGUGGAUGGAUGCAUGCACCAACUUGGUUUUAGGUGAUGACAGUAAUACCCAUCUGCAAAUCCCUGUUGUUUCCUAUGAAAAUUCAUUAUUUCACGCUAACAGUAAUCCAGUGCAAGAGGAAAAAGUUUUGAAAUGUGACAAAUAUUUUUCAGUCACUGAAAGGCUAUCUUUCAAACGAGAAUUGAGCUGGUACAGGGGUAGAAGACCGAGAACUGCUUUCACUAGAAACCAGAUUGAAGUCUUGGAAAAUGUUUUUAAAAUGAACUCCUACCCUGGCAUUGAUAUUAGAGAAGAAUUAGCUCGCAAGCUAGAUUUAGAUGAAGACAGGAUCCAGAUCUGGUUCCAGAACCGUCGUGCAAAACUGAAGAGAUCACACCGAGAAUCGCAAUUUCUUAUGGUGAAAAAUAAUUUCACCUCCAGCCUGCUAGAGUAGGAGGAAGGAUGGUUUGCCUUUAUAGUACUCUAACAGGACUUGAAGAAUUACUGGCAUUGUCAUUAUUUGUAUUAAACAAUGAUCAUAUAUUAAUUAUGAUUUUAUCCCUAGAUUUGAAAGAUUAUGAUAUUUCACUCAAAUAAACUGUAAAUAUGUGAAGUAUUAUAAACUAAUUUUUGUGGAGAAAGUGAACUUUUCCUAUAUAUUUUAAUAAAUAUGUUCAGAAAAGUUUAGAUAUUUUUUGCAAUUAAAAAGUGAACCGUAAGUUCUGAGUUGCAUAAGAUUUUCAGCUCCUGUGAAUUACUUCAGGCUUCACUGAAGGCAACUAAACUUCCUACUUUUAAAGUCUAUAAUUCUUAACAUGCAAAAUAGUUUUUGAUACAUUAAACAGAUUAGCUAUUUAAAUUCUAAUGAACAGUUUUUAAGAAGAGUAUGACCUCAUUUUCUCUCUCCAUGAAAAUAAAGAGACUGGUAUUAAAAUAG